AGUGUUCAGAAUGUAAGAAUGUUUUAAAUAUAAAUAUCUACUUGUAGAACAUAUGAGAGGUCACACGGGGGAGAAACCACAUAAGUGUUCAGAAUGUCAGAAAUGUUUCAGAGCUAAAUUUUGUCUUGUACAGCAUAUGAGAAUUCACACCGGAGAGAAACCAUUUCAAUGUUCGGAAUGUCUGAAAUGUUUUCGACAAAAAGCGAAUUUUGCCACCCAUAAAAGAAUUCACACAGGAGAAAAACCAUAUAAAUGUUCAGAAUGUCUGAAACAGUUUACACAAAGAAGUGCAGUUGUGCAACACAUGAAAAUUCAUACAGGAAACAAAAUUCACAUAAUCGAAAAGCCAUACCAGUGUUCUGAGUGCCAGAAAUGUUUCACAACAAAACACAAUCUUGUAAAACAUACAAGAAAUCAUACAGGUGAGAAACCAUAUCAGUGUGUGGAAUGUUUAAAGUGUUUCAUGCAACUAGUUGAUCUCGUAACACACAUGAGAGCUCACACAGGGAAAACACCAUACCAGUGUUCAGAGUGUCUGAAAUAUUUUGCAGCAAAGUGCAAUCUUGUAAGACACAUGAAAGUUCAUACAGGGGAGAAAUCAUUUCAGUGCUCAGAGUGUCAGAAAUAUUUUACAACCAGAAGUAGUCUCCUAAAACACAUGAGAGUCCAUACAGGAGCAAAGCCAUACCAGUGUUCAGAGUGUCUGAAAUACUUCAGAUACAGAAGCACUCUUGUAAGACACAUGAAAGUUCACACAAGAAAGACGUCAUACCAGUGUUCAGAGUGUCUGAAGUAUUUCAGGUACAGAAGCACUUUUGUAACGCAUAUGAGAGUUCAUAGGGGAGAGAAACCAUAUCAGAAUUCAGAGUGUCUGAAAUAUUUCAGAAAUUAAAGCAGUCUUUAGACACACAAACUUCACUGUGACAAAUGAUAUUAGAGGUCUGAAAUAUUUUAUGGCAAAACAGCAGUUUGAAGGAUUAAAGAAACCUUGUUAGAUCAGGGACCAUAUGGGAACUGAAAAAAAAAAAAUUGUCAUUCCUGUGCAAAUACUUAUCAAUCUCAUCCCCAGCAUUAACCUCUUUAGAGUCAAUACCGUAGUUCUGCAGCUUUGAAGCCAGUGUCAGUGCAGUAGUUCUCUGCCAUAAGCUCAACUUGGUUAAGGUAUGAGCAGUAAAUUUGGACCUAGAUAUGAGAGAAUGGGUCUGUGUGGAAGUGUGCACUUAUAGAGAAUAAACUUGAAUUGAAUUGAAUAUAAAAAUAAUCCUGCAGCAAAAAAAUCCUUCAAAACUGCAACCAUGUUUUU